AUGAAACUGAGUGAGAUUGGUCUCAAGCCUGAACUAGAUCAGGCUUCCAGUUCCAAACCCUUGGCGCUGCUAGAUCUCUUGAAGCUUUCCAAUGGCGAUAAGGUUGCUGCUCCUGAACCAAAGGUUGAACUUGAUCUGUUCAACCCAUCAGGUAAUAAUGUUGUUGGUUCAUCUAAUUCUAGGGUUCAUGAUACUGAAGGCAUUGAGGAAAACGAAAACUCAAAGACAGAGGCAAAGAGUUUCUCAUGCAACUUUUGCAAGAGAAAAUUCUCUACCUCACAAGCUUUGGGAGGGCAUCAAAAAGCUCAUAAAGGAGAGCGUGCCUUUGCGAAACGUCGUCAAACCCUUGGUGUUGGUGCUGGUAGUUUUGAUCACUUUCCUUAUUACCCUUAUUCAACACUUUCUAAUUUCUAUGAAGGAUCCUUUAAUAAUAAUGCACUUGGGGUUCGAAGGGACUCCACGAUUCACAAGAAGCCUUUCUAUCCUUCUUGGUACUCCACUAGUUCCAUGUAUGGUCACGCUUGGUCAAAUCAGGGUCAGAGAAUUCUAAACUCUUCAGCACUUGGUGGCUUUGGAAUUCUGAGAAGUGGUGCAACUCCAAGUUCAAGGCUAGAGGAUGAUAAUGGUACCGCUAGAAGACUUCCUCUUUCAGCACUAAACGAUUGUUUCAAUUUUUGA